AUGUCGAACUACGGUAACGCCAACAAACACUCCCUCGUCUUUAAGCAGACGCCGGAGAGGUUUAAAGAAAACAAGAGGCUGGGGCAUACAAUUCGGCUAGUUCGCCUGCUCGAUCUUUCGGGCCCUGGUAAGAAACGUCGCCGCCUUGAUGACGCCCGUUACGAAACGAACAUCCCCGGGCAGGUCCAAGAGCCUCCCCACAAGUGGCUGCUCAGCUAUGUUGGCCGUGACACAUCUCAGGAAUUUAUCAGUGACUUGGCAGGCGACGGGUUCGGCUUCGUCCUCAAGAUCCCGAGGGAGAUGAAGACGACUUGGAAGCUUUUUUGGACGAGAUGGAGGCCUUUCUCGAGAAGAUGGCAAGUACACGCGGACCCAGUUGCUGAUCAACUCUUCUCAAAUAUUCGCGAGUUUACCUACAGGCGCACCGAAGUGGAGGCGGCGAUGAACUGA